CACGUGACAAUCUCUUUCCGGGCCAAGCAGCGAAAAAAAUGGACGUCGAGUGAUGACGUUGUUUAUUAUGGGGCGUGGCUUACUCUGCUAGCAUGUAACCGGGUUCCCUCCAGUUUAAACUGUCUUUGAAGCUGUCAGCGCAGUAUCUGCGGAGGAGUGAUCACCCUGGCUCUGGCGCAGUUGUUUCUACCAAUAUGAAGAAUGGACGAAGACGACGUGACUAUCAGAGAGCAGAAUUUCCACAGUCAAGUGCGAGAGUACAUUAUUUGCUUUCUCCUGUUUGCUGUCCUCUACAUAGUGUCCUACUUCAUCAUAACACGAUACAAGAGGAAAAGUGAUGACCAUGAGGACGAAGAUGCUGUUGUCAACAGAAUAUCAUUGUACUUAUGCACCUUCACCCUCGCAGUUUCGGGCGGUGCCGUCUUCCUACUGCCUUUCUCUAUCAUUAGUAAUGAGAUCCUGCUCUCAUUCCCUAAAAACUAUUACAUCCAGUGGCUCAAUGGCUCCCUCAUUCAUGGUCUGUGGAACCUGGUGUCACUGUUCUCCAACCUGUGUCUCUUUGUCUUGAUGCCGUUUGCCUAUUUCUUCUUAGAGUCUGAGGGAUUUGCUGGAUCCAAAAAGGGCAUAAAGGCACGCAUACUGGAAACAUUUGUGAUGCUCUUCCUCCUGGCACUGCUCAUUCUGGGAAUCGUGUGGGUGGCGUCAGCGCUUAUUGACAAUGAUGCAGCCAGUAUGGAAUCACUUUAUGACCUCUGGGAAUUCUACCUGCCGUAUCUCUACUCCUGUAUAUCACUGAUGGGUGGACUGCUUUUACUCAUGUGCACUCCUGUGGGAUUGUCGAGGAUGUUCACUGUCAUGGGCCAGUUACUGGUCAAACCAACGAUCCUUGAGGACCUGGAUGAGCAGAUUUACUGCAUCCAUUUGCAAGAGGAAGCCCUUCAGAGGAGAUUAAACGGAUCUUCCUUCCACACAUAUAAGCGAGGAAGCUACAACCACCAUCUUAACAAAGAACUGGAGAAUGUUAAAAAUCAGAGAAACAAACUGGAGAGAAGGAAGAAAGCUUCAGGUUGGGAGAAGAACUUGUUGUAUCCCAUAGUGAUGCUGAUCCUGCUCACAGGAACGACAAUUUCAGUUCUCAUUGUUGCGUUGAACAUACUCUACCUUUUAGUGGAUGAGACUGCCAUGCCCAAAGGAUCAACGGAGCGAGGGAUCGGGAACACAUCCCUUUCCACCUUUGGCGUGGCUCAGGCAGCACUGGAGAUCCUCCUCAUGUUCUAUUUGAUGGUCUCCUCUGUCGUUGGCUUCUAUAGUCUUCGAGUCUUUGAGGGACUCACUCCCAGGAAGGACGACACAACCAUGACGACGAUAAUUGGUUGCAGUGUGUCGAUUUUGGUCCUGAGCUCAGCUCUGCCCGUGAUGUCCAGAACCCUGGGCAUCACAAGGUUCGAUUUACUGGGCGAUUUUGGGAGAUUUAAUUGGCUUGGAAACUUCUACAUUGUUCUUUCAUACAACUUACUCUUUGCCGUGGUAACAACGCUUUGUCUCGUGAGGAAAUUCACCUCAGCCGUGCGGGAAGAGCUCCUGAAGGCAUUGGGUAAUGUAUUCAAUAUUUUCUUUGUGCUUGUCAUAAAUAAUUCAUUCAGGCUUGAAGAGAAUGUGACUGACUUGACUAGUAAAACUAGUGAAAACAAACAUAAAUGUAAUGAAAAUGGCACCAGGGUUUGUCGUGCUAAGGGAGGGACACAUGACAGAAGAUGUCCUGUGUCUGUGUCGGCUCACCGUGUUGGAUGUGGUUAAGAAACUGUCAGAGAAACAGAGGAACCGGGAGGGAAACAGACAUCAAUACCUUUAGCUAAGUGAAAUGCUGAGGCUUUUAAUGACAUCUCGCCGCUUAUCUUUCCCUGCCCAGGUCUGGAUAAAUUGCAACUGUCAAACAGCCCCACAGACCCUGAAUCUGGGAAGCUCUCGGCAAACGGGCAUCAGAAAACUCUGUAAAGGGAGCCAUAGAUCAACACACACACACACACACACACACACAGCUUAGCACAGCCAUGGGGAGAUUUCCACAGGACUGCUGAUAGGUGCGAGGGAUUGGCGGGAACUUAAUAAACCCCGCCAGUGUCUGACGGAUGCUGCAAAUGGAGGCUGAGAGCAAUUUAGCUUCGUGACAUUCCAUCCGCUGUGUCUCUGAUGGGAGCUGGGACGGAGCCAGGGAUGAGGCCGACGAGUGAAAUAAGACUGGCAUCACUGCAGUGACCUUGACGUCGGGCUCAAGCAGGACUUUCUCCUCCUCUCCCUGGCUCCACUGGAACGUUCAGAAACUCUACCUGUUUUCCCUCAGCCCCAAGUCGCAGUCCUAGCUUAAGGCAGGUGGGUGUUUUGCUUUUGUUCCCAUUAAAAGUGAAUCUUGCUCCUCCAUUGGUUAACAACUGCAGGAGUUGAGUUCAAAGCUACAUGUCAAGAUAUCUGAUGUUCCCGGGAAUAAAGACACUAGAAUAAAGUGCACUAGGUGAAAAUGUGUCAUAGCCAUGCAAGUGUUUCUAUUGUCUCAUCGGGAAAGGGAUUUUUAUUUGGCAGUUUGCAAGUGCGCUUGCGUUGUUACAAAGAUGUCAUUCUUGUUUACUGAGCUAAAUGCGUGCUUACACCCACACUACUACGAUUUAAGUCAUUCAUGUAUGUCAUUCUUUGAUAGCUCCAUGACAACUUGGUGUCAGAUGAACUCGUAGCUCUUCUCAAAUGGACAGAUGAAGUUUCAAACCAACAGGAAGUUGUUUUCAGGUAAAAUUCCACCUCAAAUAAGGCUUUAUUAUUAUUUAUUCUGCAUGUAUGUAUGCGGGUGUAGUCGCUUAAAAAGGGCAGGAAUUACAUUUAUUUUUUAUUAUUUUAAUGGUAGAUACCAACAUUUUUGUGAAUACUUGCUUUUAUUUUAACAAGUGUGUGAGUGUAUAUGUGGAGUUUUAUUUUUGGCUACAUCGUGGACUGCCAUCAGUCAGAAUUGUGUCUGAAGCAAUUUAAUUCCACAUGCCCAACAAGUAUAAUAAAGGAUUUUGGCUCAUA